GGCUGCACCAACAUCAACACAGAGUGAGUACUGACCACAUCCCAAAACAAAUAUAUCACUCAUGGUAAAUAUAUCACUUCAUGGUAAAAGGAUGUCAGCUGUCCAAGAUUAAGAUGGCAUGCUGAAGAUGGAACAGGAGAAGAGAUGAUGAAGAAGCAAGGAGGCGACGUGCGUGGGCGGGAUUGCGCGCGUGGUGGCGAUGGCGCGGCAGCUGCUGCGCGAGCGGCCCCACCCGCUGCUGCUCAACGCCGGCGACAACUUCCAGGGCACCGUGUGGUUCACCGUCUACGGCUGGAACAUCACUGCGCAGUUCCUCAACCGGCUGCCCUGGGACGCCGUCGUGCUGGGCAACCACGAAUUCGACCGGAAGGUGGCCGGGGCCGUGUCGUUCGUGCAGGCCCUGCACGCGCCCGUUGUCGUCGCCAACAUGGUGGCCACCAAGGAGCCCUCGAUGCACGGCCUCUACCGCUCGUCGGUUGUGGUGCAGCGCGCAGGGCGACAGAUCGGCAUCAUCGGAAUCAUCACUUCCGACACCAACAAGACAGGCAAUUCGGAACGGAUAGAGUUUACGUCGGAGGAGGCCGCUGCAGCCGCUGAAGCGAGACAUCUGAAGAGCGCUGGGGUGAACAUCAUCGUGGUGCUGUCCCACUCCGGCAUCGACAAGGAGUUGGACAUCGCGCACGUGGACCCCAACGUGGACAUCGUGGUUGGCGGGCACUCCCACUCGCUGCUGUACACGGGCACGCCCCCCAGCGGCGAAAUCUCGACCGACGUCUACCCCAUCAUCGUCACGCAGCCGUCGGGGCGCAAGGUGGCCGUGGUGCAGGCAGGGGAGCACACGAGGUACCUGGGCAACUUGACCGCGUUUUUCGACGACGAAGGCGAGUUAGUCUCUGCAGAAGGAAAUCCCGUGUACUUGAACGCGUCCGUGGAGCCAGACGUGACGCUGCGGGACGUGCUGGCGGCGCUGCCGUUCAGGAACACCGUGGACGUGGUGGAGGUGACGGGAGCCGCGCUGCGGGACGCGCUGGAGCGCGCGGCGGCCGAGCCCGACGGCCAGAGCUUCCUGCACGUGUCGGGGCUGCGCGUAGCCUUCGACGCGGACGCCCCGCCGCAGCGGCCGGCGCUGGUGGCUGUCUCCGCGCUGUGCCACGCCUGCGCCGUGCCCGUGUACGAGCCGCUGAAGGACGACGCGUGGUACCCGGUAGCUCUGAGCAGCUACCUCGCCGCCCACAAGAAGGACAUCUACCCGUUCUCGGAGCAGGGGCGCAACCACGAGGUGGGCCUGCUGGACACGGACGUGCUGCUGGAGCACCUGCAGGUGGAGGAGCCCGUGGUGCAGGCACAUGAAGGACGCAUCGUGUUCGUGCGUUCCGCCGCUGAGAAGGCGCGCCUGCGCCACUCUGGCAACGGCGCAGCGCGCGCUAACAACGGCAACGCCGCCCCUGCGGCGCCCGACGGUAAGCGAAUGAUUAUUAAAAAUCAUUUCAAGCAGUUCUACUCACAUAUACAAUCUGUUAAGAUCCUAAAUAAACAGAAAGUGUCAGUAUGUCAUUUUCGCAUUUUGAAAUUUGAAACAUAUCAAACUCAUAACAUCACAAAGAAGAAGGCGAGCAAAUUGAAAAUAAGU